AUGUGCCAAAGGUCAAACAAGUCCACCGACCACAUGAACAUGACGAACGCAAGCAACAGCAGCAGCCGCGACUGGCGAGACAUGUUCGUCGUCCCACCAGUAGUCAAACAAGUCUUUGCCAAAUUCCCUCUGUCGACCUACACAGCCAAUGCGCUACCGACGCGCUCGCCAACACACAGAGACCAGCACACUCUCUACACAUGGACGACAACACGACAAGAAGCACACAGCAACAGCGCAAACACUCCCUCCUUCAACCCCACAUGUCUGAAAUGGCAAACCUACCUCUUGUUCAACGACAUUGCUUUCCGCGCCCUCCCCUCCAAUAACCACGCUUCGCCCUCUGGCUCUCUGCCUUUUCUGCUACCAGCAAACUCGACUGCUCCAAUCGCAUCUGCCAAACUUGAGACCUGGACUGCUGCAAACAGCACGAGUACAACGUCUGCCUCUGGAUCCGGUACAACACAAUCAUCUGCUGCUAGGCAAGAAGUGUACAUUUCGCUGCUCGACCACGCGGUGAGAAGAGCAUGGCUAUACCUCCUCUACCUCUGCCCGGACAACUUCUCCCACGUCGUUGAGAGACUCUACGUCACUUCCUCAUCCUCGAACACAUUUGUUGCCAUGGCCAUCUCCUACCAAUUAAAAGAUGCGGCUACGCAAGAGUUGGUAAAGGUUACACCGGUCGUCAAAGCUGAGGAUAUUUUGACGGAAGCCGUUGAUGCAUUUGCAGCACUGGAGACGUUGCUGGGUGAGGAAGUUUGGUUCUUUGGGGCUAAAGGGCCGGGAUUGUUUGAUGCGGGUGUGUUUGCUUAUACGCAUUUGUUGUUGGAUGAGAGCAUGGGGUGGAGGUUCAAUCCGCUGGCUGAGAAAUUGGCUGGCUUUCACAAUCUGGUCGGUCAUCGCAAUCGCAUUCUGGAAAGGUACUAUCGCCAGUGA